AUGGAUAUGCUUAUUUCGACCUCAGGAAGAAAGAAAUGCGAGUGCUACGAUAACACACCCCUUUACGCACUCAUUAACCAAACAAUCAACCACCACCUUUCACCGCACAAUGUGGUACGCCCAUCGCUCCUCCCAAACAUUAUCCAAAAAGCCAAGCCAAGCCCAGCUAACCCUUACCCCUCCCUGCCCCCUCUAAACAGCAAACACAUCCUAAACGCCCAAGUCUCCCUCCGCUCCCCCUGCUGCAAGAAAUGGUACGACUGCAUAACCUGCCACGCCGAGUCGGAAACGCACCCCCUCCUGCAGCGCUUCGAGGUGGUGUUCGCGUGCAAGAAGUGCAAGAAGUGCUUCCGCAAGGACACGCAGGAGUGGGACGAGAGCGACGAGUACUGCCCGCACUGCGAUAACCACUUCGUCAUCGAGGCGAAGGUGCCGAGGGCGGUUGUGGAGUUUGAGGGCGAGGAUGUGCGGAGGGAUGCUAGGAUGGUUAAGGAUGAGAGGGUUGGGGGGGAGAAGGGUGUGGAAGGGUGGGAUGUGGCGGAGGGGGCGGAUCGGUUGGGGUGAUUUGAUUUGAUUGCGGGGUGCCGCUGAGGUUGGUAUGGUACUAUGGUGUUUGGGGAUGCGGGACGCUGGUGUGUACCGUUAUCGUGGCACAAGUAUCGUACUUGUUGGUGAUGUGCGGUAGUGGUGUUAUAGGGAGGUAACAAAAACAAGUUUUUAUGAAGGGCGGGUUGAGUGCUCCUGAAAGUGGGAGGAGGAUGUAGGGUAAGUAAUCAGAGUAAUGACAUUGUGCCCUGCCGUGAUAUAAGUUAAAGGCAAUUUUAUAACUAUAUUUUGGUUU